UCCCGUGCCACCAAGGCUGUCGGCCCAUCUGCCAGCCAGCCUCUCUGGACGACGGGCGGAGGAGUGAGGUUAAGCUACGAACUACAGAUUGAAGACGUGAGGUUGAGGUUGUCAACUGUUGAACGCCUCCGAAUGCGCCAAGUGUCCAGGAUGGCUUUGAUGCUGUGCAACUAGUCGUUGCUUUUUGCGCCAGAUAUAUUUAGGGUCGAAGAUCAUGGCCCGACCUCGCUGCCUCUGGCGUGGAUAACGAAUAACCAAGUAGCUAAUACAAACAGCUGGGACAGCGUUGUCUGGCGUUGAGUUUAUCUGGCAUUUGCGGCAGGACGACGGAGACGGAGAUUCAUCCGAUAACUAGUUUUAACCCUGCGAGAAGAAUCCGGCCGUUACGCAUGUGCGACAUUCCAUAGAAGCAUCCGCAAGACGUAGAAGCAGACGAGAAGGCGUCUUGGAUCCUCCGAUGGGCGCUUUUAAACUGCGUCCUGAGGCUGACCAGGCUGCUGUACUAUGCGCGCACUAUUUGUAAAUCCUGCGUCACUCCGUCAGAACUCGUCUGCAACGGUGAUCAGCCGCUGCUCUUUUUCUCAUCGCAGACCGCAUGUUCUGCCCAAGAGAGCCUAAUAGAUGAAGAACGCAGACAAGAAGAGAGGAGACGGAGGACAAGAAGAAUCCAGCAGAGUGUUGUCUGACGUCCAUUGGCCUCUGACUGGCAUGUCUGGCUCCCGCGACUCCUGCGACAGCGACGCCUUCAUCCUCGACGACUUCGACUACGACGGCGACGGCGAGCGCGCGCUCGGCGGCUACCAACGAUACAGCUACAGCUACAGCUACAGCUACCUGUUGAAUGGCUCGACGGCCUGGUCGUCUCGAAUACUGCGGCUGCUGCCCCCACGAUGGCGCCGGAAGUUUGCCAGGCGACACAGCAAGCCGGCCCCCAGGCUGUCACCGUCAGGCACAUAUAGGACCCUGCGAUGGCUGGUGACGGCCAGUCUCUGUCUGACAGCCGCCGUGGCACUUCUCUGGCCCUCCUACACCCACCGGCCGGCACACUACAACGAGCUGAAGCGCCUUGCAGUCGGCAGUGAGACCCCCGGGCGAGGGAACCCGCGCAACGAAAAGGUCUUCAUCGCCGCCAACAUAUAUGACCCGGACGGCAGCCUGGCACAGAGCCAGUGGAGCAGGAGUAUCCUCCAGCUGAUAGACCUCCUGGGCCCGGAGAAUUCCUAUCUCAGCAUCUAUGAGAACGACAUGAACGAGCAGGCACGGGGUGCGUUGCAGAGGAUGGCAGACGAGACUCCGUGUAACCACUCCAUGGUCACAGAGGAGCAUCUCGACACGGCUGGGCUGCUACACAUCACCCUGCCUGACGGGUCCAGGAGACUGAAGCGCAUCUCCUUCCUGGCUGAAGUACGCAAUCGUGCUCUGCGGCCAAUCAAUCAGGCUGGCAUGCCGAGGUUUGACAAGAUCCUUUACGUGAACGAUGUCUUCUUCGACCCCGUCGAUGCCCUCCAGCUGCUCCUUUCGACGAAUCUGGCCGAGGACGGUGGUGCCACCCGCUACCGGGCUGCCUGCGCAGUCGACUUUAUCAACCCGUUCAAAUUCUACGAUACCUUUGCCUCACGGGACCUGGAAGGAUACUCUAUGGGACUGCCGUUCUUCCCCUGGUUCACCACCGCGGGAAACGGGCAGAGCAGACGAGACGUACUCAGCCAAAGCGAUGCUGUCCGUGUUCGCAGCUGCUGGGGAGGCAUGGUUGCAUUUGAUGCGAAGUAUUUCCAGCACCAGCAACAACAGCAGCAUAACACAACUCGAUUCCGUGCCGAACCAGACCUCCUCUGGGAAGCAUCCGAGUGUUGUCUUGUACACGCUGAUAUCCAGGACCCGCCCUCCGCUGGCGGAGAGCCCUCUGCUGAUACAGGCAUAUACGUGAAUCCCUAUAUCCGCGUUGCCUACUCCCCCUUUACCCUCUCCUGGCUAGGCGUUACCCGGCGGUUCGAGCGGCUCUUCUCGCUGCCGCACGACAUCAUCAACCGCCUGGUAGGUAUGCCAUGGCACAACCCUCGCCGGACCGAGAAACCAGGCGAUCUCAUCGAGGAGCGCACCUGGGUGGAAAAUGAAAAGGGGGAAGGCUCCUAUCAGACCGUCAUCCGCGCUGCCGGCACUGGAGGCUUCUGCGGCAACCGAGCACUCCAGGUCAUGAAGCCGCAUCCCCAACCGAGCGAGAAGACGUGGGAGCUCAUAUCCCCUGACAUGUUUUGA